GUUCUGUCAUUUUCGGGGAGGUUCACAUAGUAUAUUAAGAUGAGGUUAUUUUGUGUGUUGUGUAUUUUUGCUUCCAUUUUUCAGUGAAAAAUUGUGCUUUAAGUUGAAGCGACUUUUUUGUGGCUAGUGGGACUUUAAAAAACGCACAACUGGUAUACACGAGUUAUAGGCACAAUGACGCUACAAGGUGCAAAUCAUAAGCUUGUGUCCAUUGGGAAUUAUCAGCUUACUGGGAAAAGACUUGGCAAGGGAAACUUUGCAAAAGUCGAGGAAGCAGUUCAUUCAAUUCUCAACACUAAGGUAGCAAUUAAAAUUAUGGACGUUUCGCAAAUUAAAGAAGAGUAUGUUGUUAAGAACUUGUACAGAGAAGCUCGGAUUAUGUCCCAGCUUCAGCACCCUUGUAUAGCAGCACUUUUCCAAACAAUGCAGAACGGAAACGUGUAUUAUAUUGUAAGUGAACUUGCUGGAGGCGGAGACCUUUGCACUUUCAUCAAAAACCAAAAAAAUGGAAAAUUGGAGGAGAAACAAACCAAAGUGUUUGCCAGGCAACUGAUGUCUGCCGUGGCUCAUAUGCAUAGCAUUGGAAUAGUUCACAGGGACUUAAAGAUGGAGAACGUGAUGCUAAAUUCCCUUCAGACGCAGAUAAAGAUCGUGGACUUCGGUCUGAGCAACGUAUUCAGUCCAGAUAACCCCCUACGCACGCACUGUGGUUCCCCAGAGUAUGCCGCACCGGAACUAUUCGUUGCCGGUAAAUCUUACGGACCGGAAGUGGACCUUUGGAGCUUAGGUGUGAUUUUAUACGGCAUGGUAGUUGGACAGCUGCCGUUUCUAAGUAAUCGCGACGAACAAGUAACUUCGCAGGACCGUAGAAAAAAGUUAUUAGAACAAAUCAACAAGGGCUUAUCAACGCCGCAGAAAAAGGCGCUGACCUCGUUCUCGCCAGAGUUCAAAGGAAUGAUGGGCAAGUUAUUGGUCGCCGAUUCGUCUAAACGUCUAACGAUUAUAGAACUCACAAAUCACCCGUGGGCUACCGACAAGGGACGCAAACUAAUUAAACUGAAUCCCGGGAAAAAGGUCGACGAUAGGGUACGAAACGUAAUUGUUAAACAAUUGUCGUCUCUACUCAAACUUGACACCAUGACAAUCAAGUACAGCCUUUCGACGGAACCCCUCGGCAAUAUUGCUGGAAUGUACAAUCUCCUUUCGACUAAACAUCGACAAAUGUACGGCAAUAAUGACGGCAUAAUGCAGGUAACGUCUCAUCACAUCCCUUGUUAUGUAACUCCGAGGUAUGGAGCAGGCGACUCAUCGCGAAGCGAAUCUCCGAACAACAAGGCGUCGAAUUACUUGAAUAACGCGCUAGCAAAGAAACGAGAAACAGUACAGUCGGCUCAAAUGCCAAAAGCUACGUUGUCGAAAACAUCUACAACUACUACAAAGAGACCCGCAUCUACUAAUUCUCCUGAAAAGAAAUCCUCAUCGAAUACAAGAAAACUGGUCGUUAAAAAAUCACUACUGUCCGAAAUAACUCCGAAAAAAUCAAGUGUGGCAACCACUGCACAAAAACCAAACGCAAAAAACAUCGAAGUUUUACAUCCACGAAGUGCACAACAACCUAAAAUACACCAAACUACACCGACUAAUAAUAACAACAAUUAUAACAACAAUGCUACAGUAAAAGAUAGCAAAUCACGCAGAGCUUCGUCCUCUAGUAGUUCCAAUCCUUGUUCUGUAAAUUCGAACUCGUCCAAAACAACUUUAAUUGAAACCGACCAUAAUAAAAUUUACAUAACCAGAUCAAGAAGACCAAUGCUUACAAAUAAUACGCAUAACAUGAACUACUCGAAAUACAAUAAUUGUACCGCAGAUCAUUCGGAAAAUACGCUGAAUGUCACUCAGAAAAAUAUUGAAAGAAGUCAUAAUGAUUAUCAAGUCGUUCACAAGGCGCAAAUGCAUAAAGAAAAUAGAAAUCAUUAUCAAACUUUACAAGACGGAAAUGAUUACCAGAGAAUUCAUAGUGCAAACGUUACGAAGGAUAAUAAAUGUAACUUGGACCCAAAUCAAAAAUACUUUAGGCCCCUCACUGGACCCCCGCUUAAGUUCGUAAGUCCUCAAGAUCGUACGGUUAAAAGAAGAAGUUUGUUACCAGUUAUGAAAACUCAGAGUACUCCAACGAAAGGUGUAACAACUAUUACGUCUGCUCUGAUAAAUCAAAGAAAUACCGCACUAACUAUGUCCAAGGCGUCGACAGCUACUAUAAAGAAACUAAAUCUGGCAAGGGGAGACGUACCGGGCGGAACCAUUAAAACAGCAGGAGCAUGAUAUUUUUGGCAUAUUUUCGAUGGUAGAUCAAGAGAAAAAUCGCCAAUGUUGAAUGUUGAAAUAACAAUCUGAGGAAAACAUAAAAGAAUUAGAGCUUGUAAAUAUAAGAGUGCGUAAGAAAUCUAUACAUUGUUAUUUAAAAGUAUUUUAUUAUUCAUAUAGAACUUAUUUAUAUCCUCUUAAAUAUUUUGUAGCCUUUUACGUAAUAAAUAAAUAUUCGGAGAGCGCAGCGAUACACUUCCUACAACAGCGCAAAAGCUACUGACUCAUCUCUUGAUCAUUAUUAACCUAAUGCAAUUUUGAAAUCUGAUUGGCUUUCGAGAAUGACAGCUGUCGUCAGCCAAUCAAAAGCAGAUAAAUAACUAGGUCAAGUAGUAGCAGGGAUUUCCUCAGGAAUGCGGUUUUCCGAGAAAUAAAAACAAACUGGUAAUCGGUAGCGCCGGGUUCAUUGAACCCCACAGUGGCGCUAAAUUAAAUAAUACUCUGAAUUUUAAAAUGCAAAUAUUUCGAAAACGGCUUAACCGAUUUUGAUACAGCUUGAACUGUUCUUCAAAUAAUUUUACACAGAAAUUAAUGCUGAUUGCUAACAGUUAAAAUAAAACAUAAUUAAAAAUUGGCAUCAGUAUUUUUUGUAAUAAUCUGAAUUUUAUUCCAAAUUCGCUAAUAUUCUUCCGACCACAGCUUUGCGCGUUAUGAAAUUCUUUGAAAGCUCAUAAAUUUUAGUUAGCUUCAUCUGCUCAUUAGAAAGGUUAUCACAAUUAAUUGCGUCAUUCUGCCACACAUAUCUUAAACUCAAAAUCAUUAUGCGUUCUGUUUAUAUUUCUAGAGUUAUAUUUGAAAACUUAUCACACGAAAGAAAAGCUAAGAUUUUUUUUUGUCAUCAUAUUUUUAGUACAGUUUAGUAAUUACAAUCCAUUAAGAAACAUGAAAAAGUUUUUAAAUAAAGGAUUCUAGAGUUCCCAUUUAUUUAAAAAAUACAAAGUUCUUAAAGACAAGGUAAAAGUGACACUUACUAUUUAUCUACAGAUUCUGGCGGUUUAAAAGAUUACCAUUAAAUUAAAAUAACUUUAUUUGCACGGUUGAUAUUUUAGUAAAAAUAUCAAAAUAAACCAGUAUGGUUUUAAUUAGUAUGUUGAUUAUUAUUACAC